UUUGGUAAUAGCUUCUGUCAGGCUGUAUUUGACAUUAGCAUACCAACCCUGAACUCUCUCUGUGAAACAGUAGUUACUAGGGGAAAAAAAUGAUUUUGAAAUGCAUUGAAUAAAUGAGGCUUAAGAAAAAGCUCAAGGGAGAAGAGGGAGAAGAAGAUAUGAACAACUGAAGGUCUUUGCAGCUGAGACUGAGACAGAUUAAACUUCAGGACCUAAAAGUGAGUUGAUGCUGAGAACUGUUCUGAACUGCAUUAAAACUGUGGGAGACAUGUCACUGAAUGCCAUUGAUUUGCUACCUUGAGGGACUAGAGGAAAGUCCUCAGAAGAGACUAGAGGUUUUUAAGCAAUUUCAGCAGGAGUUUGACUGAGAUCUUUCCAAAAUGAACUCCACACAAAAUGAACUCUACUACCACGGAAUACACCCCUCUUUCCACUUCUGGAACCACAGCCAUGUAUUGCACAGCAGUGCUAAUGACUCCCUCGGCAAAGGUUACCUGGACAGGGGUUGCUACGAACAACUUUUUGUCUCCCCUGAGGUGUUUGUCACCCUAGGUAUCAUCAGUUUGUUGGAGAAUAUCCUGGUGAUUGUGGCAAUUGCCAAGAACAAGAAUCUUCACUCUCCCAUGUAUUUCUUCAUCUGUAGCUUGGCUGUGGCUGACAUGCUGGUGAGCGUCUCCAAUGGGUCAGAAACUAUUGUCAUCACCCUGCUAAACAGCACUGACACCGACACACAGAGUUUCACAGUGAACAUUGAUAAUGUCAUUGACUCAGUGAUUUGUAGCUCUCUGCUUGCCUCUAUUUGCAGCCUGCUCUCUAUUGCAGUGGACAGGUACUUUACUAUCUUCUAUGCUCUCCAAUACCAUAACAUCAUGACAGUCAGGCGGGUUGGGAUUAUCAUCACUUGUAUAUGGGCAGCUUGUACAGGGUCGGGCAUAUUGUUUAUCAUUUACUCAGACAGUAGUGCUGUCAUCAUUUGUCUCAUUAGUAUGUUCUUCACCAUGCUAGCUCUCAUGGCUUCUCUCUAUGUCCACAUGUUCCUGAUGGCCCGACUUCAUAUUAAGAGGAUUGCAGUUCUCCCUGGCACAGGCACCAUCCGCCAAGGGGCCAACAUGAAGGGGGCUAUUACUUUGACCAUCUUGAUUGGGGUUUUUGUGGUCUGCUGGGCCCCUUUUUUCCUCCACCUGAUUUUCUAUAUCUCAUGUCCCCAAAACCCCUACUGUGUGUGUUUCAUGUCCCACUUCAACUUUUAUCUCAUCCUCAUCAUGUGUAAUUCCAUCAUUGAUCCCCUUAUCUAUGCCCUUCGGAGUCAAGAAUUGAGGAAAACCUUCAAGGAGAUCAUCUGUUGCUAUGCUCUGGGAGGCCCUUGUGAUUUGUCUGGCAGAUAUUAAAACACCUCGCAGAACUGUAUUUAAUCCUCCAAGGAGUUCUCUCAAUAGAACCUGGACUGUGUGCUUCACAAGCAGCUGUCUAUAUUGUGUGUGACUUGUUCAGUGUAUCAUUUUAAAACAAAAACGGAACAAACUUCAGAUUGUGAUUUAUUUUUCAAUGUGAAAAAAUGUGGUAGUCUCUAAGUAUUUUUGUUUAAAUGUCAUAACUUUUGAGAUGUAAAAUGUUAAAAAUAUGCUAAUUUCAGGUUCUCUGUAUUUUAAAAAAAAGUACAACCUUAUUUAAAACAUAAUAUUAUGCCCUUUGGGGGUAUA